GCUCGGAACUACCGGGUCUGUUUGCUCAGCUGCUGUGUAAAACAACCAAAUUUCUCAGAGAUUCUGGGGCUCGACAGUGUGUGGGUGUUGGAGGCUCUGGGAGGAGAAGGAGAAUGGAGGUGGAAGAAAGUCCUUCGGAGGGGAUUUGAUGUGCUAGAAAGAAAUUGGCAGCUAUAAACUGUGAACCACUUACCAUUUUGUGUAGAGAGGAAAGACUCUGAGGAGGAGAUGUUUAAAAAUUUAUGCUGGACUGACUGGGGUGAAAACCCAAGUGCGGGUAAGGAUGUAGCUUAUAGGCACACAAACAGCAGCUUUGCAGCGGUGCGGACCUGAACAGCGAUGCCCUGAAACUGGAGAAGGAUGUGGCCAGCAUGCUGGACGAGAGUCUCAGUUCACAACAGGCUUCAUCCCAAGGCAUGGAUUCAGUGACCUGCUUGGCAACCUCAAGAGCAGAUUUGUAGUGAUUUAUCCCUCGUCUGAUCCCUUCUCUAUCUCUGGUACUCUCUGAUUGCUCUUGUCUAUUGCAAUGAAGGGGCUUCCGCUGUAUUUUCAAGUGAGGUGGAAAGCUGUUGACCUGCUUUGCUUCCUCUAAAAAGCAAGUGGUAGUUCUUAAGACAGUAAGAACAGGAUUUCUGAGUGUGCUUGGACUGAAUUUGCUAUGAGGAACUGAAAAAGUGUAAAAGGUGACUGACAGGAAAGCAUGUAUUGAUUGCACAGCGACAAUAGAUUCAUAGUUUAAUUUAUAAAUAUUGUUUAUAAAUAUAGGUAUAAGCAGUUAGGAAAUUUAAAGGCCUAAACUUUGCUAUAAUCUAAAGAUCUUUCUACAGUUUUUUUUUCUAUCCCAUCUGCUGAGUUCUUCACUCAGGGCUGAGACGUCACAUGGCAGCAAGAGAGCCAAGAGAAGUGACGCAUCUUGGUAUCCCAUGGGACAAGAGGCGCCCAUCGGGAUUUCAUCUGGUUUAUGUGAGCUGCAACAGGAGGCCAGGAGAGUGCUUGGAUAAGUCCUUUGGAUAAGCGGGAAGAAGAAUGCCAACACGAAUAUGAACUGAACCAUUUCCUGCACUUUUCACGGUGCCUGGGUGCUCACAUCAGAUGGUUAGAGACAGAGACUUGUCUCUUGCCAAACUGCUUCCUCGGACAAGAUGAAGCCAAGGAAGAGCUUUCUGAUGCACUGGAGUCACAGUGACUGCUGCCCAAUUUAAAAUCAAUGUGAGACUGCGCUCCAGCUGCCUGGCGAGAUGAAAGAAGUGGUGUUGUGGUCGCCCGAAGAGGUGACAAAUUGGCUAACAGAAAAUGCUGUGCCGGAGUAUUGUGAGCCGUUGAAGAGCUUCACUGGACAGGAUUUGAUCAACCUGACGGAGGAGGAUUUCAAGAAGACACCUCUAUCCCGGGUGUCUUCCGACAGUGGACAGCGGCUAUUGCACAUGAUUGAGACCUUAAAAAUGGCUCAUCACAUCGAGGCUCACAAAAACGGGCACAUCAAUGGGCACAUCCGCGUCAGCAUGAGCAACGCCACACAUGAAAAUGGCUUUAGUAGUAAAAUGAAGCUGAACGGGGUGCCAAAUGGGUAUAAGAAGGAGAUGAUAAAGAUCCCCAUGCCAGAGCCAGAGCGCUCACAGUAUCCCAUGGAAUGGGGGAAGACUUUCCUGGCUUUUAUUUAUGCACUUUUUUGUUUCAUCUUUACCACAGUGACUAUCUCAGUUGUUCAUGAAAGAGUGCCUCCCAAGGAGGUGCAGCCUCCCCUACCAGAUGCAUUUUUUGAUCGUUUUGAUCGGGUGCAAUGGGCCUUUUCUAUUUGUGAAAUUAACGGCAUGAUCCUUGUAGGACUCUGGUUUGUUCAGUGGCUGCUGUUAAAAUACAAGUCUAUAAUUAGCAGAAGAUUUUUCUGUAUAGUUGGCACACUAUAUUUGUAUCGGUGUAUUACAAUGUAUGUAACUACACUCCCAGUACCUGGCAUGCAUUUCAAGUGUUCUCCAAAGCUUUUUGGAGACUGGGAAUCUCAUCUGCGAAGGAUAAUGAAACUGAUUGCUGGUGGAGGAUUGUCCAUCACAGGAUCCCACAACAUGUGCGGCGACUAUCUGUACAGCGGUCACACCGUCAUAUUAACUCUUACAUACUUAUUUAUCAAAGAAUAUUCCCCACGGCGACUCUGGUGGUAUCACUGGCUUUGCUGGACGCUCAGCAUGGUUGGGAUGUUCUGCAUCCUCCUUGCUCAUGACCACUACACUGUGGACGUGGUGGUGGCUUACUACAUCACUACAAGACUUUUCUGGUGGUAUCACACGAUGGCCAACCAGCAAGUGCUAAAAGAAGCUUCCCAAACCAACCUCCUUGCGAGGGUCUGGUGGUACAAGCCCUUCCAGUACUUCGAAAAGAAUGUCCAAGGAAUUGUACCUCGCUCCUACCACUGGCCCUUCCCCUGGCCGGUGCUGCAUCGAGGCAGGCAGGUGAAAUACAGCCGUCUGGUGAAUGACACAUAACAGUGUGUUGAUGGACAAAAUGGGGGGGAAAAGGACCUGUCCCAAGUGCUAAGAACUCCAUACGAGAUGAUGCCA